AUUUGGAUCCUCGCACGUCCAAUUUUGAUUCAUAUCACAUUGACAAAUGUAUUCAGAAUAAGCCAAGAGAAUACUAGUACAAAGCCGUGACUGGUCUUCAUUACAUGAUAUAAAAUUUAUUACGAAGCUUAUACACACAGAAGACAAAGGGUACUUUUCGAUACUUUUCUAUACAACAGUUUAUGCAUUAUAACAAAUAAUCCAAAGUGUUGUCCGUUCACUUACUAUACUGAAAUCGCUGAUCAAUAGUCUAGUAAAUAAAAGAGUUUUUUUAUAUUCUUGAAAAAAAGUCUCUAGAAAUCGGGACCGCCCAAAACAUCAAGAUCCAAUUACAUCUCCCUCUUGAAUCUGGUCAUAUGGUCCUAAUUAUCGGCUUGUUUUUGUUCGUUAAUUUUACUUUUUGUACUAUACAAAUGUUCAGCAGAACUCACAUGUCUUCCGAUGACUUUGACUUAUUGGAUGUGAUUGAUCUAGAUCUUGUCUCAAAUAGCGGGUCUGCCGUAUGGCAUACAGAGAGAAAGACACUACCUCUGGAUCAAUCGGCGACUAGAUACAAUAUAACACUGGAUAGUGUUACUGAUGAGGAAUUACAACGUUUAACUCGAUCUCUUAUCACUCCAGUCCCUUUUCAAAAAAAUCAAGAUUGUGAAAAAGAGACUCAAGUUCCUUCUGGCUCUUCGGGUCGGCAAACUACUUCGUCAAAAAGUAACUCUUUACAUCAAAUUCCUUCCUUGCGAAGUGAAAGUGUUACUCUUUUCAAACGUUUGAACAAUGAUGAUGCGGUAUCCGUUGAUUUUGCCAAUGACUUGAACGAAUUUAUUGAUCCCAUCUUACUAGAAGGAGUAAUCUCGCGGCCUGUAAGCAGAGUUCCAACAAAAAGUGUAUCAGGAGACCGCCCAAAGGCAACGGCUAACGAUCAUCACGAUCUCAGCAGCAGCGGUGUACAAAGCAGUAGGCGGAAAUACUCUCUGGAUUCAAUUCCAACCUCGUCUUCUGGUAUCAAAAAUGAGAUGUGGAUAAAUCAAGAAACAUUAUUAGAUGAUAUCAAGCAGCGAAACGAUCUUGAUAUAGGAAUACGCCAAAUUGAUCAACAAAAUAAUCAUCAUUCAGUUUCGAACAACAACUUAAAAACUGAAAAGUAUUUGCCCUUAAAAGAGAGAGAGGUAAAUUCACGGAUUAUGGACCAUCAACGAUUAUUAGAACCCAAACGACAUAGCGUGGAUGCUGAAAUGUUACUAGCUCUUCGACGAGACAGUGACGCUUUACUGAACCGACGACGAUCCUUAUUAAAGCUUCAAACCAUAACAAACUCAGAUUAUAAUAAUGGAUCUCGCGAUAUAACAGAAAUACCGACGUCUAUGUUCAACACUGUCGAUCGUAAUAAACCUUUAUCUCUACAUACCAUUCCAUCGUCCCCAACUAGAGGUGAUAUGUUGUCAGCGAAAACAAUGACUGGUGCACGCGAAUAUCAUCCUCAGUAUGAGGACAAGGACAAGACUGAAUUUAUAAGCAAUAAUGAUAAAUCACCGUCUGGAUUUGUUCAUAGUUAUCCCCGACUGUAUAUGAAUACAAGUGAUAACAGCAGCAAGAGAACACGGUCUAUUUCAUAUCCUUAUCAAGGCAAAAAAAGUGAAAGCAGUGUUCAUGUUAUCCGCGAUAAGAACUGGAGUACAGGCAAGUAUAUUUAUAAAUAAAUACAGCACAAGUCUUCGAACAUUGCAAAAUUAAGAUCAAGUAUACUUCAUUUUGAGCCAGGCACCUCAACGCAUAAAACAAACAUCCUGGGAUCACCUGUGGUCUUUUCUUCUUGUAAAGAUCAAGUA